AUGGCCACGCUGCAAGGAUCGGAAGACCUCAGUAACUUUACCUACCCAUUGGGGUUUUACAUCAGAGGAUUUUAUGCCCUGCAGAAUACUAAUUAUUAUUUCAUGUUCUUGGCUGUUGUUUAUGUCGUAACACUGCUAGCAAAUUUUUUAAUAAUGUCAGUCAUUUGGUACGCAGAAAGUCUGCACACGUCAAAGUAUUUAGCUAUUUUUAGCUUAGCUGUAGUAGACGUCAGUUAUAGCACUGCACUCAUUCCAAAGGCAAUACACACGUUCCUGUUCAACUCGAGAUUUGUAUAUUUCAACGCUUGUUUAACCCAGAUUUUCUUCGUACAUUAUUUUUGUUCAAUGGAGUCGUUUGCUCUCUGUGUACUGGCGUAUGACAGGUUAAUUGCUAUAUACUUUCCACUGCGAUGUAAUACACUGAAUUCGACCACAAGAAUGAUGCUAGUUAUUCUAAUUUCUUGGAUUAUCCCUUUAAUUGUCGUUGUGAUUAUGGUUGCUUUAAUUCCACGACUGCCAUACUGCAAAACUACAAUUGUAAACAGUUAUUUUUGUGAUCAUGGACCAGUGUUUAAAAUAGCUUGCGGGGACUAUUCUCCAAAUUGGUUUAUGGCUUGCUUUUAUACUGUUGGGUUAUUUUUUGCUCCAUUCGCUUUUAUUGUGUUGACAUAUGUUUUCAUCGUAAGGGCACUUUUAAAGAUAGCAUCCGCUGAAGGUAGGUGGAAAGCAUUUAAAACGUGCAGUACACAUUUAACCUUAGUAGCUAUAUUUUUCAUACCAAUUUUAGUGACCUAUGUCGUAGCGUGGGUAAAUGUGAAUAUCGACACAGACACCAGAAUUAUUAAUACAUCCUUAUCUGCUACCAUUCCCCCUCUGCUAAAUCCAAUCAUAUACACAUUAAAAACGGAAGAAAUUAUGGAGCAAAUAAAAAAGUUGAUCAAAAACAGAAAAAUCAGCGCCUUAAAUUGA